CACAUUUCACCAUUUUCAACAACAAAUUCUCUCUCUUUCUCUCUCUCUCUCUCUCUCUAACUUUCUCUCUCUAUAACAAAAACAAACAUUCACAUUCACAUUCACUCAAUUUGCAGAAAAAUGGCGGCACUGUCUACAUCACCAAUGAACUUGAACACAAUUGACUCCAACUUUGAAGUUGACAAACUCACCUAUGAAAUCUUCUCCAUUCUGGAGAACAAAUUUCUCUUCGGUUACACCGACACUGAAAAUCCCAAAAAUUCUCUUCAAAAUCAACCAAAAGACGUUAAAUCGUCCAAAAACGCCGCCGGUAAAGUCAGAAUUCUCUGCAUUGACGGCGCCGGUUACACCGACGGCAUUCUCGCUGCUAAAUCUCUCGCUCACCUUGAAUCCUGCCUGAAAAGAAAAUCCGGUAACAAUAACGCGAACAUCGCAGGUUUCUUUGACGCCGUUGCCGGAACUGGUGUCGGCGGAGUCCUCGCCGCACUGCUUUUCACACGCGGAAAAGACGGACUACCUAUGUUUACUGCUGAUGAGGCGUUGAGGUUUCUGAUCAACAACCGUAACAGAAUUUCGCGGCGAUCGGGGAUUCUCCGGCGAGUUCUUCAAUCGGAAACGAAAUCGGAGAAGCUUUUUAGAAAAACGUUCGGUGAGUGUACUCUGAAAGAUACACUGAAACCGAUUCUAAUCCCUUGCUACGAUCUCGUCACACGCGCUCCGUUCGUUUUCUCCCGCGCCGACGCGCUUGAAAUUGACGGUUAUGAUUUCAAGAUUCGUGAUGUGUGUGCUGCCACGUCAGCUGAUCCAGCGGCUUCUAUUGAAAUGAGGUCCAUUGACGGGAAAACGAAGAUUUUAGCCGUUGAUGGUGGUAUUGCUAUGAACAAUCCAACGGCUACUGCUGUCACACACGUGCUUAACAAUAAACACGAGUUUCCGUUCUGUAACGGUGUUUCUGACUUGUUGGUUCUUUCUCUUGGGAACGGAGAGUUGGACUUUAACGCCGUUAAGUCUCCGUCAGGUUUCGUGAGAAUUGCUGGUGAAGGAGCUUCCGAUAUGGUUGAUCAAGCUGUAUCAAUGGCAUUUGGAGAGUGUAGAUUGAACAAUUAUGUGAGGAUUCAAUCAAAUGGGGUAAUGGCAAAGGCAAACAAAGGGAAGAUUGUGAAAACGGCGUCGGAUUUGUUGGCGGUUUCGGAGGAGAUGUUGGCACAGAAGAAUGUGGAGUCUGUAUUGUUUAAAGGAAGGAAGGUUGUGGAAAAUACAAAUUUGGAUAAAUUAGAGUUAUUUGGUGGAGAAUUGAUUAAGGAAGAAGAGAGGAGAAAAACUAGUAUUUUGCCAACUGUGGUGUUGAAGAAUGCUUCUCCUUCACCUAGGACUUCAUCUGCUACUACUUUGUCAAGUUUGUCUUCAAGCUCUUAGGUGAUUGAAGAGAAGAAAGAAAGAGGAUGAUUAGAGGGAAGAUAAUCUAAAUUAGAUAUUGUUGUGGGGUUAAUUGAUUUUCAUAUUUGUGAGUUAUUAAAACUUAAAAGGCGUGGUUUUGGAUUAGCUGCCGCUUAAGAUUGAUUAAUUAAGGAAAAUUGAUCUGGGCUGUGCAGUGAUGAAUCCUAGAAGGAGUAUUUCAUUAUUUUAUUUAGUUUUUUUUAUUUUAUUUUUGGAGUAUAUAUUACUUGUUUUUUAGUGAUAGUGAUUUUGUUAAUAUGGGUAUUGUCAAAGGAUGAAUUUUGUACAAGUACAAGGUUAGAGUUGUGGUUGAUUUGUGAGAAUUAGAUUGUAAUCUUCAGUCAAAAUGUCUGAUAUGAUUUGAUUGUUAUUGGGACUAAAUUCUAAAAAAUUGAUGCUUGAUCGAUA